AUUACAUAAAAUGCCCACAUUCACUUGUAUUUUCAGUUUUAGUUUAAAUAUAUUAUAUGGCUCUCACGAAAUAACAUUUACAAAUAUGAAGUGUUUAUUGCUCUUUCGGCCAAAAAGGUUCCAGACCCCUGGUCCAGAGGGACAAACGUAGGGAAAUAAACACGUUUUGGGAUGGAACUAGAUUGUUCCUUUAAGCGGCGCAUUAUGCCUCAUUCAGCACCAAGGACAGUGACCGCACCAGCUUUUGGCGAACCGUCACCACCCGCACACCUCCACGAGUCCGCGGGGGUCCCUGUGGGCAGGGGGCACAUUCCUCCGGUCAUUACGCGCAGAUGGAGCCGUUUCCUCCCCUUCCACGUUACCGCGGCACCGACAGCUGAAGCGGAGGUCUCCACACCAAUCGGGUUUCCUCGACUCCCCUAUAAAAAACAUAUUCCUGAACGGCAUAGCGGCGGCUCCACUCGGGUGAAAGAAGCUGCGGAGAAUACUACAGAAAAUCUUGUUCCACUCCACCCCUUGUCAUUAUCCCUAUUAUCUGCCAGGCACCAUGUCUCCUCCUGCGUCGGUGGCAACUGCCAGUGAAAGCAGCACGACCACCGUUCUCGAGGAGGAUGCCAGAGACGAGCAAAGACCUCUGAGGCAGUCUCUGAGCAAAUCCUUUUGCCGGGAGAGUUUUUGGAAAUGCCUCCUUCUGUCUGUUCUCAUGUACGGCUGUGUGGGGGUGAUGAUCUGGUGUCAUGUCACCAAGGUAACACGCCUUAGCUUUGACAGUGCCUUCAAAGGAAAAUCCAUGAUGUACCAUGACAGCCCCUGCUCUGAUGGCUACAUUUAUAUACCCCUGGCCCUGCUGGGCAUGCUCUACCUGGUCUACCUAGUGGAGUGCUGGCACUGUCAUGUGAAGGACGAGCUGCAGCACAAAGUGGACAUGGAGGGCAUCUGUGAGUGCAUCCAGAGGAUGCAGCAGGCCAAGCCCUGCAUCUGGUGGAAGGCAAUCAGCUACCACUACGUCCGUAGGACCCGACAGGUCACCCGCUAUCGCAAUGGGGAUGCAUACACGAGUACACAGGUGUACCACGAGCGAGUCAACACACAUGUAGCGGAGGCUGAGUUUGACUACAGCCACUGUGGGGUCAAAGAUGUUUCGAAACAGCUGCUGGGUCUAGAGAAGUCUCCCCUUACAAAAAUGCGGUUAACCAAGUGCUUUAGUUUUGCCAAUGUGGAGUCUGAGAAUUCUUACCUGACUCAGAGAGCACAGUUUUUUACUGACAACGAGGGCCUCGACGACUACAUGGAAGCCAGAGAGGGCAUGCAUUUGAAAAAUGUUGAUCUGAAGGAGUAUGUCAUGGUGCUGUCUGACCCAGAGCACCAACCUUGGUAUCUGUCCCACUACAUCUUCUGGUUUGCUUCAUUCCUCACCUUCUCCUGGCCUCUCAGAGUGUUUAAUGAGUACCGCACUGCAUAUGUUCACUAUCGUGUGGAGAAGCUCUUUGGACACGACUACAUCCCCGUGACCCAGUGUGACGAUAGGCCUUACUGGCCCCGGAUCCCCCGUGUAAACACUAUUGACAGCACAGAGCUGGAAUGGCACAUUCGCUCCAACCAGCAACUGGUUCCUAGCUACUCUGAAGCUGGCCUAAUGGAUCUGGCCCAGUGCCCAUCCAGUUUUAAUGGAAUUCGUCAGAAUUGUGAGCGCUGUCACCGAGCAAUCAGCUGCUCAUCCGUGUUCUCCAGGAGUGCCCUGAGCAUGUGCAAUAGAUCCAGCCCUCGCAUCCCCUUCAGUGGUAGCCGGUUCUCCUUGGCGUGCCGUUACGGGUCCCAGCACAGCUGUUUCUGGAGGAGCGGAAGUCUGGAUGACCAGGAGAGUCCCAGUGAAAAUACCCACUCUCUGUCUGAGCGUCUCACUACAGAUGACGGGGAGCCUCCAGACUAUCAAGACGCUCACUGCUAUCCGGUUCUCAUUAUCCACUGCAGUGAGAACUGCCAAAAUCACAGAUUUUUCCACAGAAAUGGAGCCUGCGUGGAGACUUCUUUAUGACCACAGAAUCUCUGUGGUCAUAAAGAAGUGGUCAUACAGAACCUCUGUAGCAGGUUGACACACAGAUACAGAGAAUGCUUAAAGGUCUGAAAGCCACAUUCAAACUUCUAAUCUACAUUCACAAGAAACAACUCCCUGAAUCCUUAAUGUGGGAGUCACAUUAAUGACUCCUACAAGACUUUUUGUGGAUAAAGCAAUCUCUUUCUGUCAGGCUUUGGUGAAACCAAGGAUACUAAGACUGUUACGCUGUACACCCUAACUUAGAGAUCUCAUUUAAAUGAUAGUUACCUUAAAGGUUCUUUACAGUGGGAAGGAGCAAACAUCUCAUUUUCAUUCACAACAGCUUUUUGGGCAUAUGAAGCAGGAGCUGACCUCAUCAUCAACUGCAAUGGUUCCACCUCGAUUAUUCAUAUCCAGAAAUUCCAGUACAGCAUUAAUGGGAUAUGUUUAAAUUCCCUACUACGAGGCUAUGUAGUGCAGGACUAUCCAGUGCCCUGGACUUUAACUUAAUUUAGGCAAAAGCUCACUCCUUUUUUAUUUGACCGACAAAAAUGAUGUCACCCAUCUGCCAAAAUAAAAUUCUAAUAAAUACUAACAUUUUACAAUGACUAUUUAUGUCAUUUAUGUUCUGAUGACGAAAACUUGGAUGAUUUAAAAAAAAAUAAACAAUUAGUUUUCUUUUAAUGACACAUUUUUCAAACAUUAUGCAUUGUGGUCUAUAUUCACUAAUCUAGUUAGCAUCAAUCAAUGACUGUUUAAGAGAACUGGAGUGAGUGAGUGUGACAUCACCCAUAGAAAAAGUAUUUUUUCCGAUUCCAACAAAAUGAAGUCAAUUCAGUCAAACAUCAAUUUUUUUUGUCAAUUUGGAUGCUGUGAUUUUGGAGCCAGACAUUCUCAGUAACCAGUGAUUGGUCAGGGAUAGUUUUAGUCAACGCUUCUAUGGCAACCAAAGUAGGAGGUGAGCUUGUUGGAGGACCACACCCCUUCCACUGAAAAUGGGCUCAGGAGAAUUUGUUAAUGAAACGUUUCGAACGUUCAAUGUAAUGUCACAUGCUUUUGUUAAGGCAUCUGAUUGGUCAGUUUAUUACUAAAAUAAGUUGUUUUACAGAAAAAAUAUCAUGGAAAAAAGUUAGGAUUAACAAGAACAUGUUAAAA